AGAGCACAAACCACCAUGUCUACAGGACAAAUCAUGAUCAUUGCACCACCAACCACCGCCGUAACUGUGACACCAACCACCACAAUGACUACAGCAUCAACUGCCAUCAUCACCGCCGCCUCGACAUCCAUAACUGAAGCACCAGCCACCACCACAACGGCAACUACACCCAUUAGAACUACAACGCAAGCUAUAACAACCACAACACCAACCACAACUACUGCACCAGAACUGCUAUCACGAGGGCAUCUACAGUUGAAGAUGACUUCACUGGGAGAGGUCAGCAAUGGAACCAUCAUUGCAGCCAUUAAUCAGAUUUUUAGAGACCAGUUCCUGAAUGGAAUACCACACACAGUGACUGUAAUAAACAUUCAAAGGAUCAGAGGUGGCCUGUAGAAACCGCAUGUGAAGUAAAUGCUGUUCGACAAUGGUCUCUUUUUUUUUUUUUUAAUAUCACUUGGUAAACUCUAUUCUGGAUGUUGUAUGAAAAGUGCCUGAUAUGGUGGAUGAUCGUUUUAUGUUGCAAAAUAGAUGGUCCUGUUUUCCUUUUCUAUUGAGGAUUUGGUCCAUUAUGCACAGCUUAAGGAAGACCUGCUUCAUUUGCACUGAACACAUGCAGUGGGUUCAUGUUCAAGAGAAAAUAUCACUUCUAGACACAACUUUUGUGUCAGUUGUCAAGCUACAUUUGAUCCCUUGAAAAAGAACAGUUUGGAUGUGAAUUUUCUUAAAUUAAAACCAACAGUCUGCACUUUCAUUAUACAGCUGAACUGAUUUGCAAGCAGCAAGAAUAUGUUGAUCAGUGAGGUAGAUUGUUCAAACACAACCCAAAGAACUUGUUCAUUAUCACUUGAUCUUGACUACCACAUUCUAACCAGCUCAUCAUCAAAUGGCUUUUGCAAAAAUUUCUGUGAAAAUCUCAUAUUUUGGUCUAACACAGACACACAUAGCUUUAUCAAUACAGUACAUGCUACUAUUUCGACUUUCCAGGUUUAUACAUUUUCAGCAAGGAUGUCAUAUCACUUUUGUAAAUUGUAUUGUGCCAUGGGGGUAUGCUGAACUGCCAUAUAUCCAUACAUAAGUGUUCCUAGUGGUCCACAGAAGGAGAAACUU